GCCGCGCCCUUAUCUUCGUGUUGUUCAUACAUUUUAAUAAGUAUCUUUAUAAAUUUAAGAACAUUUUAGUAUAUUAUCAGCACCAAUUUACGUAAAGUGUCAACAUCUAUAUUUUGCAGUAGCGCACAUGCACCUGAUAUUAAAUUUGAGAGUAAACAAAACAUGUGUCAGCACGUAAUAAUCAUAAGAAAUUAGACAAGAAUGGAGAAUAACAUGACGGAUAUCAUCAUUUAGCGAAAUAUUAGAACGUAAAGAACUGGUUGGCUGGUAUCAAACACGUCUUAUCUUCUCUACUGUCAUAUUGAAUGCACAAAAGUGCAAUAACUGCAGGUUGAAUGAGACACCGGCUUGAAAACGUUGACAAGGCUUGAAUAGUAAAAGGAGUAACAAGAAAGCAGAUAAGAAUGUGUACCAUCUUUACAUAAUGAUUCUCAGAUCAAAGAAAAAAUAUUUGCUACUCCUCUUGGCUGCUCUUGCUGGUGUAGCCUCCCUUGCUCAUGUGUUUUACUCGUUCAUGUCCCUCCUUCAUGCAGAGCCUAAAUUAGAAGAAAAGAUUAGCUGGAAAGGUACACAGGAAACACAAACUUCCAAAAUGAUUCUCAUGAAGUCCUUUCCAGAGUGGUAUGAAAUAAAACCUGGUGCCCACUUCCUGGAUUCCUGUGAUCAUCCAUGCAUCCUGACAUCACAUGAUGACCAGGCAUCACAGGUGGACUGCAUUGUUUUUUUCACUCACUACUCCUACAACACCAAACUGCCAGUAAGAAGGGCGGAACAGAUCUGGGUAUAUUUUGCAGUAGAGAGUCCCCUCAAUUCUUACAAUGAUGUGUUUGCAACCCCAGCCUGGCAGAAACAGUUCAACUGGACAAUGACCUAUCGCAGAGACUCUGAUUUUUAUUUUGGCUAUGGCACGGUUGUUCCAGCGGUAGUUUCUUCGCAAGCAAAGGAUAUCAGUGCGAUUGUCAAGGGCAAAACCAAGAUGGCAGCAUGGUUUGUUUCUAAUUGUCAAACUCAAAGCGAACGGUCUGCCUAUGUUGAAGCUUUACAGGAGUUCCUACCAGUUGACAUUUAUGGCAAAUGUGGUCCACUGAAAUGUGGAUCCUCGGGUAAUGUGACUUGCUUGCAGAUGUUAUCACAGGUCUACUACUUCUAUUUAGCUUUUGAGAAUUCCUUCUGUGAUGAUUAUGUUACCGAGAAGGCAUUUGAAAUCCUCCUUAAAGCUGACAUUGUUCCAGUUGUGAGAGGUGGUGCCAAUUACUCUGCCAUACUGCCACCCCACUCUUACAUUGAUGUGGCUGACUUUUCCAGUGUCGAGGACUUAGCUUCAUACCUGGAAAACCUGGCCAACAGCAAAUCAGCCUAUGAGGAAUACUUUGCAUGGAAGAAGAACUGGAAAGUGGUCGCACCCAUGCCACUGCCACUGUGUGAUUUGUGCAAAAAGCUGCACAGCCCUCAUCAACAAAUCCAUGUUUAUGAUGAUGUUGACGCAUGGUGGAAGAAGGGCAGAUGCCACGAUCCACCCGAACUAAAAAUCUACCAUGACCCUUUCUAAAACUGUAAUGUAUCUUCUUAUGACCACUUUGGUUAGGAGCAUAUGAUCAAUGCUAUUCCAGCCUCAGCAGGUUCAGGUGAAUUUAAGUUUCCCAGCCAUCCUGCUAAAGAAGUUGACUGCAUGAUUGUAGUGUUCGUUUGCAUUCACAAAGAGGAUCCAAUGUUAAACUGUAUUUUAUGUUCUGAAGACAUCAGAAAAUGAAAUAAUUAUAUAUACAGAUAGUUUUGUGCACAUAGAAUGUCUAGAGAAAAAAAUGGUGCAUGCAAGAUGCGUUGUUUCCUGAAGGACAGUUUUGAAGGGUUAACUAUCUUUUUUGUCAUAACCUUAGCACAUUGUUUUAAUUAGCCUUGAGGGUCAUUUUCUAAAGCUCCAUUUAAAAAAAAAAAUUAUGUGAGCUUUCUCCAAGGCAGAGUUGUACUCCAUACUCUAUUAGGAUUCAGAUUCUCUUCAUUUUUGCUUCAUCCAUUAGAUUUUUAGCCACUAAGAUUGUACAACAUGGUUGUGUAAUACAUUUGUCUGUUCUGUUUCCUUUUGAUUCACACAAUCAGAAUUUUUGUUUUCUUUGUUUCUGUGGAUGUGAUACUUUUGUCUUUUAUUCUUUUGUGCUAAGGGACUGUGUUAAAAAUAAACUUAUUGUGCUUGUGAUGUGUUGCCUGUCAGGUACCGAAGAAAAUAUUUGUGUUGAUUGAAUACAGACAUUAUUUUUAUAGCGAAGGAAAAAAGGACCAGGAUUUCAGAAAACGGCAGAGGCAUUUUAAUGAUGUAAACCAUUUUAAAUGUUUUUGAGAUACCUAUGUCUUUUCAUGUGUAUUGCUUGGAUUUUAAACGAUAGUGGUUUUGUUGAUGCUGAACAGUUGUUUUAAGUGCCACAGAACAAAUAUUAACAAAUAGUGCACUAUGCAUAAUAAGCACACAGGUAGUUCAGUGUUGUACUUAAUUUGAUUUUUUUAAGGCUUUGUGUUGAGUUUAUGCAAUGCAGUUUGACCUUAUUGACUAACAAAAAAUUAUAUUUAUACACCAUAUGCAUUGUCUGCACAGUAUGUUUUAAAUUAUUAUUUUUAAACUAUGCAUAAUUCAUGUAGUAAUAAUUAUUUUUCAUGUACUUCUUUGAAUAGAUGCUUGUGUUGGAAUGUUUUGUGCUUCAUAAACAGAUAUAUUGGACUAUUGUUGUCAUGUGGCACCUUUAGAUGAUAUCAUGGUUGUUAUCAGGGUCACACAACACAUCCCAGAUCUGCAUACCAGAAUGUCGACAUUCCACACUAUGCACUGAACACACUUAACCUCUAGUACCCAACGACAUUUGGAUGUAGCCUCGUCAUUAAAGGAACAUUUCCUUUUUUUUUUU